CGUGACUAUUAAAUUUAUGCGGAAUUAAAAUAUAAACGAAAUCGAAUAAGUUUAAAGAUUUCCAGGAAAAGGUAGUAAAAGUAUAAAAUGAAGCAAAUUCUGUCACUCCUCUUUACAGUGUGUACAUUUUCUGAUGUGUUAUCUGCUGUAAAUCUUCAAGAAGAGGAAGUCGGAAAUGGCAGAUAUUCUAUUGAAGGCAAAGUUUUUCCACCCGAAGAACAGGAUUUGUUACCUUGGCAAGUUGACACACGCGUGCAUGUGAAUGGUGGUGAAUACAUAGGUUUCAUCAGAGAUGAUGGUUCAUUCAUCAUACACAAUGUGCCGUCGGGUUCGUAUGUUGUUGAAAUUCUACAUCCCGACUACAUGUACGAGCCAGUUAGAGUAGAGAUCAACUCCAAGGGAAAAUUCAGAGCUAGAAAAGUGAAUUAUAUUCAGACAUCACAAGUUAUCCAAGUGCCAUACCCAUUAAGACUGAAGGCGUUAACAAGGUACAGGUAUUUCCAGGUUAGAGAACAGUGGCGACUAACUGAUUUCCUGUUCAACCCAAUGGUUAUCAUGAUGGUGUUGCCACUGCUGUUUAUUAUGAUCUUACCUAAAAUGAUGAAUGACCCUGAGACCAAGGAGGAUUUGAAACAAAUUAGCAACUUGGCAAAGAUGUCCGACAUGCCUGAAAUGUCUGAGAUGUUCACUUCAUUGUUCAGUGGUGGUGCUACAGCCAAAGCUUCAGCUGCAAAGGCCAAACAAGUGAAAAAGAGGCAGUAGAAAUGUCCUAGUUCAAUUAUUGAUAAGUAUUUAUGAUCAAUAAGUUAUUGAUACUAUGUAUAGUGAUGUAAAAAUUAAAGAAAUUGUUAAAAC